AUGCGGCAGGUGUGUUAUGACGGCUUUUUCCGCGAGCACGGACAGCACCUGCAGCACAUGAUUCUGGAGUUUGCUAAACCGGACAGAGCCGUUGUACAGCGCUUCAAAGCGUUCGUGGCAACAGCGAAUGAGUGCGCUGCACUAAGACUUCGAUCAAUCAAGGUUCAACAAUUCUUCUUACCCACUGUCAAUGAUAAGAACAAAGACGAUGAAGCAGUUCAGGUCAGUGCCUUGAUCUACACUAUGAGCAACGACGCAGAACGCAUUCUCACGUCGUUUGGUCUGGAUGCACGACAGCGGCAAGAAUACGACACUGUUCUGGAAAAAUUUGAAGUUCGACUGGCUUUGUCGCGGUCACGCGACACUAAGAACGAUUUCCAGAUGCGGCAGGUGUGUUAUGACGGCUUUUUCCGCGAGCACGGACAGCACCUGCAGCACAUGAUUCUGGAGUUUGCUAAACCGGACAGAGCCGUUGUACAGCGCUUCAAAGCUGAAUCAAGCAAGCUGCUGAAUAUGGCUCCGUUUAGAGCGCCAGAACAAUUCAAUUUUUCCCAGCCAAAUUUGUGGCCCGAGUGGAAACAACGAUUUCAGCGUUUCAGAUGUGCAUCAAAACUAGACAAAGACGAUGAAGCAGUUCAGGUCAGUGCCUUGAUCUACACUAUGGGCAACGACGCAGAACGCAUUCUCACGUCGUUUGGUCUGGAUGCACGACAGCGGCAAGAAUACGACACUGUUCUGGAAAAAUGUGAUGACUACUUUGUGCCAAAACGCAAUAUCAUCCAUGAGCGUGCACGAUUUCACGCCAGAAAUCAGAAACCGGACGAAAGUAUCGAAGAAUACAUUAGAGAUUUAUACGAGCUCGCUGCAAAGGCAGACGCAAGGCAAUAUGAGCAAGUGAAAGCACAGCUUUCUGACCAGCGUCGCACAAAUGUGGACGCAGUGCAAUUCAAGAAAAGUGCCUCUGGUGGUGCUCAGCAAGUACAUAGUCAGUGCAAAGGUGCAACUGGCAGUUCGCGCGGCUUCAGUGGUCGUCGUCGUGGUAGAGCAGAAAAGAGUGACUUUGCAUCGUCAGCAGUUAACGUGUCAAGCUGUACUCGUUGUGGCAGACGGCACGCUAGCACAUGUGUGUGCCCAGCUCAGGGAAGGAAGUGUAACAAGUGUGGUAGGCUUGGACACUUUGCUACAGUGUGCAGAACAAAGUUAGUGCAGGCACUUGAAGAAAAACAAGUAAAGGAACAUUUUGUAGGGACUUUGUGCAGUGACAGUAGAGAACCACCGUGGACAACUGUAUUACAGUUUGGCGGUUGUGAUGUCAAGUUCAAAAUUGACACAGGGGCAGAUGUUUCUGUCAUUUCAUCUACACAGUACAAAAAGUUGUCACCAUGUCCCAAGCUAUUGAAGACCAAUGUAGUGUUAAAGAGUGUAGGAGGAGUCCUGAAGUGUGAUGGACAGUUCAUUACUACAACAAGAAUUCAUGACCAGCUUCAUGUACUGAAAGUGUUUGUUGUGCAAGCAAUCACUGAAAAUCUGCUUAGUAGAGAAGCAGCAUCCAGAUUAGGUUUAGUGAAGAGGAUAGAGGCUGUCAAUGCCUUAUUUGGAAAACUUGACAAGACACCUGUGCAGUGUCCUCCAGUCAAAAUCAUCUUGAAAGAAAACAUUGAGCCAUACAGUGUUCAUGCAGCAAGGAGAAUACCAAUACCAUUGCUGGACAAGGUCAAGGAAGAAUUAAAAAGAAUGCAGGAAACAGGGAUUAUAGAGGAAAUAACAGAGCCAACAGAUUGGUGCUCUCCCAUUGUGCCAGUAAUGAAGAAAUCAGGUAGCAUACGUAUUUGUGUUGAUUACAAGAAGCUCAAUACCGCAGUGAAGCGAGAGCGGUAUACCUUGCCAACACUGGAAGAUAUUUUACAUAAGCUUUCUGGAUCAGCAGUUUACAGCAAGCUGGAUGCAACAUCAGGUUUCUAUCAGAUUCCCCUUGAUCCAGAUUCUGCAAAACUUACUACAUUCAUCACUCCAUGUGGGAGAUAUUUCUUCAAGAGAUUACCAUUUGGUAUUUCAUCAGCUCCAGAGAUUUUUCAGAGGACCAUGGAGACUAUCCUAAAGGAUGUGCCCAACAUAAUCUGCUAUUUUGAUGAUAUCCUUGUUUAUAGUGAGAAUGAACAAGCUCACGAGAAACAUCUUGAGAGAGUCAUGAAAACACUUGCCAGUGCUAACCUGAAACUCAACUAUGAGAAAUGUGAGCUCAGGAAGCAUGAGAUUGAAUUUUUGGGUCAUAGAAUCAGCAAGAAUGGAAUUUCACCAGACCCAGGAAAGGUUGAAGCAAUAAUCGCCAUGCCAGAUCCAACUAAUGUACCCGAGUUGAGGAGGAUGCUGGGCAUGUGCAACUUCUUAGGGCGGUAUUUGCCAAGCCUGUCUACAGUACUUCAGCCAUUGACGCAACUGCUGGGGAAGGAUCGAGAGUGGAGUUGGGGCUCGAUGCAAGUCAAAGCAAUGGCAGAUGUGAAGAAACUGCUUACUUCAGCACCAACGCUUGCAUUCUACGAUCCGGCAAAGCUUACAAUUGUCAGCUCAGAUGCUAGUAGUUAUGGCAUUGGUGGCGUGUUGCUACAGCAGCAUCCUGAAGGUCUCAAAGCUGUAGCAUAUUGUUCAAGAACAUUGACUGCUAGUGAAUGCAGAUAUGCACAGAUAGAGAAAGAAACACUGGCAGCAGUCUGGGCUUGUGAAAAGUUCAGCAGAUACCUGAUUGGUCUUGACAAUGUUUGA